AUGAAGAGCACACCUCAACAAGGUAGCAGUUCACAGACAUUGGAAGCUCUUGGUGAAGAAGAUACAUAUCAACAUACUAGAAUUGAGGACAAUUUUCUGGGUGCUCAGGUCUUUUCUUCCUCAUUUGCAAGGCAAGGUAGUCAAACUUAUUACAGACAACAUGACAAAAAUGUACUGUGGGAACAAGCAAAGAAGAGUUCAUUAAAUUCAGCUGUGCAAAGAAUCUGUGGUCCUAAGGGACUGUGUAUCCAUUACAACGUUUACAGAUACAUCCUAACAGAUCAACUCAACAGGAAGAAGUUAGCUGUUUACAACAAGAUGCAAGAGUCCCUGGAGGUGACCCUUCCCAGCAAACAGGAGGAGGAUGAGAAAGACCAGCCCGCUGAGAUGGAAUACCUUAACUCUCGCUGUGUCCUUUUCACUUACUUCCAGGGAGACAUUGGGUCAGUAGUGGAUGAACACUUCUCAAGAGCUUUGAGCCAAGCCAGCAGCUUCAACCCAGAAACUGCUCUUUCAAAAAGCAAGGCAGGGCUAAGCCCCCUGUGGAGAGAGAGCUCAACAAUUUCAAGCCAACGGAGCAGUUUUCCAGCUUCAUUUUGGACCAGCUCUUAUCAGCCUCCACCUCCGCCAUGCUUGAGUGGAGUCCAUCCUGACUUCCCAGUCACUGCACCAGGCACCUUCCCAACAGCAGACCCAAGCAGCUGGCCAGGACAUGGCCUUCAUCAGACUGCCCCACCUCCUCCCUCUACUGCAUCAGAAUCCUGGCAUUAUCCUUUAGCAUCUCAGGUUAGCCCUUCAUAUGCACACAUGCAUGAUGUGUACAUGCAUCACCAUCACCCCCAUCCACACAUGCAUCAUCACCAUCCUGGCUCUCAUCUUGACCCACGGUAUGGAUCCCUAUUGAUGCCUUCAGUACGUGCAGCCAGGAUUCCUGCUCCACAGUGUGACAUGACAAAGACAGAUCCUACUACUGUCACCAGUGCUACCUCAGCAUGGGCUGGAGCCUUUCACGGAACAGUGGACAUCGUGCCAAGCUUCGGGUUUGACACAGGUCUACAGCAUCAGGACAAGAGCAAAGAAUCUUCUUGGUUCUGAAGAUCAGAUGCAUCUGAGCACCAGCUAGUGUCCCCCACAGCUGGGAUGAUGAUAUUGAAACUGUUGACAGUUUCUGCACGGGGGCAGAGGACACACCGCUAAGGAGAAGAUGAAGAGCUAGUCAUUCUGGUUUUGCUAUUGAGCCUUUUCUUUGGCAGGCCACUUCUGGGUCCCAGAACAUAGAAGAAAAAAAACUUGUUUUUCUUUCUUUCCUCAUCUGAGCCUGCUGCAGCUGUGCAACUUAACUCCGUUUUGCUCCUCCUUUAACAGUGUUUUGUUUUGUUCAUUCUGGUGGGUUUUUUAAUGCACAGCCUUGAUUGUAGGGAAAAGACUGUGCCUUGACUACAGUGCUCAUCCUUUCAGGAAUAGAGUUUUUGUAGCUCUUUGUGUGUCUAUUUUUGUAGAAAUACAGAAAGUUUGGGUAAGAAUUGGUGGACUAUUUUAGGAUUCCGUAUUUUUUUUAAAAAAAUUGUAAAAUUGUUAAGUUCUGUUUAAAGAACUUGCUCUCAGAGAAGCACUGGCAAAAAAUGUAUA